GUAGUCGGUUCGCUCGUAUUUCGCAACAUUAGCCAAGGCGCAGUGUGUGCACUUGUUAAAGAGGUCAAGCAACUCGAAAACAAACCAGCUACAUAAGGAUGGUCCUGAAUCAAACCGGUGCGUUUGAAAUGAAUUCCGGAUUUCAAACGGUAGGCGUUGGGGCGAGUGCAAGGAAAGCGCUGCUGAGUGCACUUCAAGAUAAACGACUGGUGAUAGGGUUGGGAAGUGCAAUUCGCAGCCUAGCAAAGGAACCGGAUCAGUUUACGUUCUGUUUUCUGGCGCCAGCCCAUCACGACGACAGUGGCGCACAUCUGCAGGAAGUGCUCCUGGAGGCGUUUUGCCUAGAGCAUGAUAUCUACAUUAUACGGGUCGAUAGCGCUUACAAACUCAGCCGACUAGUACAAUCUUCGAUGGAAACUUCGUGCGCUUUGGUACGGAAAUUAUCGACGCGAAUGAUCCGCCGAAUGACGAGUGCUUACCGACGUUCCGAAAGCAUUCUGGUCGAGCACUGUGAGCUGUACUUGGAUGAGCCUCAUAAGCCCGUUAUUAAAUUGCCCGAAAAGUGAAGCCUGACAGCAACAGAUACUGAGAACCAAAGAUGGAAUAGAUCACAUAGAGUGCGUGUCCACGCAGCAGUAGAUUGCGAAACGCUAAUCGCAAGAUCUUCCUCAAUCGCCAGGAACUAAUCAACACAAAGCCGGUGUUCAGAU